AUCGUUUUCUUCUCUUGUUAGAGUCGCCUUCACACUUCUACCCAGUAUAGACUUCUAGAAGCCAUCCCUUAUAUAUUAUAGAUACAAUUCAUAGAAACCAACCAUGCCUCCCAUCGUCCACUGCGUCCGCCACGCCCAGGGCGUCCACAACCUCUGCACCGCCAACCACGUCAUCCACGAUCCCCUCCUCACCGACCUAGGCAAUGAGCAAUGCCGCACCCUCCGUGACACCUUCACUCGCCACCAACACAUCGACCUGGUGACAGCCUCCCCUCUCCGCCGCACCAUCUACACCGCGCUCCAAAGUUUCGAGCCCGUCUUCCAGGCCCGCCCGGACCUGAAGGUGGUGGCGCUCCCCGACGCGCAAGAGACCAGCGAUGUGGCGUGCGACACGGGCAGUGACCCGGCCGUCUUGCGCAAGGAGAUGGAAGAGAAGAACCUCCCCGUGGACUUGAGUCUGGUGCACGAGGGCUGGAACGUGAAGAAUGAGAUGUCGGGUCGGUACGCACCCACCAACAAGGCGAUCAAGGAGCGGGCUCGUGCGGCGCGACGGUGGUUGAAGGCCCGACCCGAGCAGGAGAUUGUGCUGGUCACCCAUGGCGGGUUCUUGCAUUACUUUACGGAGGACUGGGAGGACAGUAGUCAGUUCCAGGGAACUGGCUGGACCAACACGGAGUAUCGGACCUAUCAAUUCUCGGAAGAGGUGCACACUGAUGACCUCGAGGGAUAUCAGAUUGAUGGGGAUAAUGCGACUUUGGUAGAGACGCUGGAGUCGCGGCAGCGACGCGGGAAGAAGGGUCCGAUGCCGGACCGCGAGCAGCAGAAGCGUCUGUAUAAGAUUGGCACGCAGGGAUGGGAUAAUCAGGGGUUGCAGCUGAGUACGGCGGAGCGCGAGGCUGCUAAAGUCCCGGAGGGAAAGGAGAUAGAUGGGGUUCGUGCUUAGGUUGGAGUGUAGUUGGGCUGACUCUUGGAGAGGUUUGUCAAAGAUCGUCGAUAUAGUAGAUAAUGCAUGAAAGAC